AUGGCAGAGGAGGCUAAAGCGAUUUCUGCUUUCCAUCAGAGAUGGAUAGUAGACACACUCAAGGAACGUGGGGACAGUUGCACCUAUGAGGAGCUAGUCAAGGUAGGAGAAGAAAAGCAAUGUGAUACUUUAGGAGCCAUGCUUCGUGUGCUGAAGGGUCGAAAGAUUGUUGCUUAUGAUGAGCCAUUCUUAAUGUAUCCUAUGCACAAAGAUCAUGUGGUGAAUCUGAUAGGCGACCUGAUCUGA